CGGAAGAGAGAGACACAAUAAUGGCUCCGACAGCAGCCGAUGUCGAGCUGCAGACGACUCUCAUCAUUCAAUGCCUGUUUGACGAACAGGACCACAGGUACGACCGACAGCUGAGCGGCGGACUGGAAACUGACGGAAUUGGGGAUGAAGAUGACGGUUUUGAUCCAGUUCUGAUCGCUGAUAGAUUGAGGCGUAUUGGUGAUGCUCUUGCUGAAGACCCUCGGUUUAAUGCUGCUCUGACUGACCUGAAGAAGGCAGCAGCACAAGAGGCCAUGGAAGAAGCGUUCAGCCAGAGCGUGGAAGUCCUCUGCCAGAAGCAGCUCAGUUCGUCAGCUGAAGUUGCUCCGGAGGUGCAGCUGAUCAAGGCUUCUGUGGCCGUCGGGCUCUACAUCAAGAACUCAGCCCCAGAGCUGAAAAAUAAAGUCAAGAGUGUCAUGGCUUCCUUCAUCAACAGGCGGGUGGGACCGUGGAUCGCUCAGCAGGGUGGAUGGGAGAAAGUGGCGGGUCACUCGGUCUGAAUGCCGCCGGAGGAGUCCACCCUCUUUAUCUGAUCACCAGCAGAGCCGACAGUGGUGCUGCUCAGGGUUUCAUUGUGACACUAAAACCUCCUCACUGUUGCAAAUCCUGAGUUUCUGUUUGAUGCGAUCUUGUCCUGUGCUGUAGAGCAACUAUCAAUCAUGUGAGAGAAGAAUAGACCAGACACGUAGUAUCAUUUUCACAGUUAAUUUCCAAAUAAGUAAUAAAUUAACAAAAGGGAUCAAUCAUUUCAGUAGAUAUUGAUUUUUCAGUUAGAGGACACUGAAUAUCACACAGACAUGUAAUCUUUAUUACAGCUUGUACUGAUAGGAUAAAUCUCCUGGUGUUAGACAUCAAUCGGUGGUGGAGGCUUCUGUUUCUGAUGGUCAUUCUCAUGUUUUGCAAGCCAGCGUACUGUAGUGAGUGAAAACUUAAUUUAUCAUUUAUUUGUUGUGCCUUUUCUUUUGCUAUAUUUGCAGCUCAUUGACAUUGAAUAUUGAAUUCACGAUGUUUACAGUUUGGUGUAUUUAAGUGAUGUGACCUGAAUUGAUAUUUCCGGGGGGGGGGGGACCCUAACCCUAGAACAGAAGAACUUGUGAGUGCUUUCUAUUGUUUAAAAAUCUGCCAAUAAAGUACGGGUAAUCCAAUGACGCUAUUUAACUCUCACUGAUCAAAUGACUUGUUUACAUGUGAAACUUUGGACAUAAUUGAAAAUGCACAUGGAAACCUGUUUUUUUUUUUUUUUUUGGUUUUUAAUGUUUGUUGAAAUAAAACACACUGCCUUCAGCCUGCAAGGACCUCAGCUUUAAAGUGCUGUUCCCUCUCAUGAGGGUUUGAUCAGUGUGAUUCCAAACACAACAAACACUUGAAUGUGAAUGUUUUCCAGGUUUUGUGUCAUGUUGCUUUUUGUCAGCACUUUGUUUAUUCGAUUUUGCCCUACAGGCAAACAGCACAUUGUUCUGAAUCAAAUGAGCACCACUGGAAUUUUAUUUUGUAAUUUUGUUACCGUUUCAAUAAUAAAAGCUGUUCAACUUGA